AUGCAAGUAUGCAACAGACCGAAACCACUAUACGAGCAAAAGGAGAGAAUUGAUUGGCAACUUCCUGGAAGCCAUAUUGUUGCAAAAAAGGAAGAUGUCGAGUUUUACCGAGCAGAACUUUUUAGCCAAGCAGUUACAUUUGGCAAGUAUGCUCCUUUGUUUAUCAACGAUAUACAGAACCAGUUCAACUUUAAACGGCUAUACCCUAAACUAUGGGAGAACCUACACGAUUUGAUCAUGAUUAACAACUGGCCAAUAAACAAGUUUGCUAUUGUUGGAAAAGUAGUUGGCGGCAAAGCGGGCACCCAGACAGCACGACUACGAAUCGACGACUCCUCGGGAGACGACCUGAUUUUGGAAUUGGUGAUACCAUUGGAGCAGUUCGAGGCGGCGUUUUUAGAACCGGAGUUUAAUUAUGGGACACUAGUUGAAGUUCGGGGUUUUUUCAGAAGAUGGCGUACCAUUGUUGAUGAUAUAGUAGUGAUAAGCUCCAUGCCAGAUGAUUUAGCGAGUGAGAUGCUACAUUGGAGUAUUCGAAUGCAAUUCAGGGAGAAAGUUUUGGCAAGAGCUUGGAAGAUUGAUGUUACGAAGAUGCAGGGAGAUAGUGAAGUAGUCCAGCAUGUGUCACCAGGUGGUUCACGAGAAGAGCAGCAGGAGGAGCAGCAGGAGGAACAGCAGGAGGAACAGCACGGGGGUAUAGACGCUUUGGAAAGCUCUAUCCCUCUUGAAAAAGCCCUAAAGAGCUACGCGAAAGUUAUAGAUUUGACAGGAGUGGUAGAUAUUCCAGUAGGGCGAAACCAGAGGGCACCAGAUCCACCAAAUGUACCCACUACGGAGCUUGAGAUAGACAAAGUGGGUCUUGUGACAGCUACACCACCAUCCAUAGAUACCCAAAUGGCUACCGUUACGCGAGAGCUAUUAAACAACAAAGACAGAUAUAUCAAGUUGGUCAAAGAAUCUUUGGUUUCUAUCAUCAGACAGUGCUUUCGUGAAAUGACCCUUGACGAAUUGGUCACAGACAGGUUCGUGCAAAGCCAGGUCAAAGUAUUUGCCGAGGUGCUCCGGCAAGCCAGUGGCUACCAUGACUUUGAUUACAAACGAGAGAUAAUGCUUCGUUUGGCGUUAUAUUUCAAAGAUUCAGAGUUGUUUGAAUUUACCAGUAAUGUCAUCAAGCCGGUAAAAUUUCAUUUAAUGUACCGCAGCAUUCAACGGAAGCUAACGACUCGAACUCAAAUUAAAACAUUGAAUUAUAUGGACCAUUUAGCAAGUAAGUUGCAAAUCAGCAACUGCGAUUACAAAUUGACACACUUUUUGAUAAGGUAUGUCGUGCUGACGUCAGGUUUGCAUUGGAGAUACAUAAAGGAUGAACUCAAAUGGGUCAAAGUUUAA